AUGUAUUGUUCGACGGAACAUUUUCAAUAUUUUUUUGAAACUUUGGAAUUUCAGCAAGACGAAAAUGGUGUGCUAUUGCUUGAUCCUUCCGUACGUAUUUACUGUAAUGCGGACGUGGAUGCAAUAUGUGCUGCUGAAAUAUUCAAGAAGUUAUUUUAUUUGAAACACACAAUAUGGAGCAUAAAGCCAAUUAGAAACUCGGAAGAUUUCGAUAUAAGAGACAAGCAACCAAGUCCUCUUGCCAAAUCGGUGAAUAUAUUGAUUUAUCUUGACAUUUCAAGCAAUUAUGAGCGUAUCGGAGACAUCGAUCUCAGUAGAUUUUUUGAUUUAUCAAAUCAUCCUAACUUGAUUGUAUAUGUGUUGGACAGCCAGAAUCCAAUUAAUUUGAGGAAUAUGUAUGAAAAGAGUCAUAAUGUGAGUUGGAAAAGAAAACUUUGUUUUAAACGACUACUAUUAGAUAAUGUAAAUUCCCCAGAAUACAGAGAUAUAAUAGAAAAGGCUAAAAGUAAAGAACUCGCAGGAAGAGAUGACAACUAUGAAAUGGUGGGUGGAUAUUUAGUUAUAACAGAUGAUUUCGGACGCCCAGUCAAAAAACAUUGGACAGCAAUUGAUAAGGCACUUCCUCUGGCAACCGGACCAGCUAGGCGGUGUAACCACGGCCCAUCAAUUGCGUUGCAGACAUACACCCUUGCUUCGAUGAUAUUAUCGAAGGAUAAUGAUAUGCUGUGGUAUUGUCACACGAGUCUUUUCGUGUCCAAAAAAAUAAAUCUUGUAGAAUACAACAAAAUGAUCGGAUUUUUGGAUGCAGAGGUUAUGGACCUGAAUAAUGCUGAUGGCGUACAACGUAUUCACAGACACAAAGCCGUACCUGCGCAUUCUGAUGACAAGAGAAUUAUUCGCAUUAAUGAAUAUCCUUUAUAUACUUUGUCCAUUGUGAUUAAUAUGCUCAAUUCCGAAUAUACUUUUAAUAAAAUGCGUCUCAAAGAAAAUCAGGCAGCGAACUUGGACCGCCUAUUGCGAAAUAUUGGAAUUACACAUAGAAUGGCAAAACAAAAUUUUCCGAAUAUGGAUGUCCAAGUUGCAAACUCACUGGCUGAAAUGAUUAAAGAGGAAGGACCAAAGUUUGGCCUUGAAUAUCCGUUAUAUUCAUCUUAUU